UCGAUUCCACCCCGUUGCGCUCAGGCUGUCCAUGUUUCUCCAGGGAUGGAGAUAGGUGUUUUGGGAACAAUAACCGAGGCACGCCUUUCUUUUCCCAGCCCUCGGAGGGUACACGAUGCACCGCUGUACCCCUGGACCCGGACGAGCCUGAAUCUAGUGAGCCGAGAGGAUCUUGUGGUUGUUUUUGCAGGAGGUGCGCCGGUGUGCCGAGCAUGAGGGCGUGGCACUGACUCCAUCAGCACCACCUUCACCAUGGACCCCGAGGAGGCCGAGCUGCAGAACGACUACCGUUACCGUAGUUACGGGGUGGUCAUCGAGAAGGCGCUGCGGAGCUUCGAGUCGUCCAGCGAAUGGGCCGACCUCAUCUCCUCCCUGGGCAAGCUGAACAAGGCCCUGCAGAGUAACCUGCGCUACUCCCUCCUGCCCAAGAGGCUGAUCAUCGGGAAGCGCUUGGCCCAAUGCCUGCACCCGGCCCUGCCCAGCGGGGUGCACCUCAAGGCCCUGGAGACCUACGAGGUCAUCUUCAAGAUCAUCGGGACCAAAUGGCUGGCCAAGGAUCUCUUCAUCUACAGCUCUGGGCUGUUCCCGCUGCUGGGCCAUGCCGCCAUGGCGGUGAAGCCCGUCCUGCUGAUGCUGUACGAGCGGUACUACCUGCCCCUGCAGAGGGCUCUGCUCCCCAGCCUGCAGGCCUUCAUCACCGGGCUGCUCCCCGGCAUGGAGGAGGGCCUGGAGGUCUUUGACAGGACGGACGCUCUGCUGCUGAGGCUGUCUCUGCUGGUGGGCCAGCAGGUGUUCUACGGCGCGCUGUGGGGUAGCGUGCUGGUCAGCCCCCUGGUCAGGCUGCCCGCCUCGCUCUUCAUCGUCACGCACUUCGACCGGGGGGCCACGCCGCGACAGCAGAGCUACAUGCUAGGCUACAACCACGGCCUUGUGGUGAAGUCGGUGUGCCUGGCCCUGCAGGACUCCAACGUCCUGGUGCAGAGGAACAUGCUGGAGAUCCUGCUGCACUUCUUCCCCUUCGACGAGUGCCUGGACGAAGAGAAGAGCAGCAUCAACAUGAGCCGGGAGGACAUGGUCACCGUUGUCUCCGCGGCAACGCUCACCCUGCUACGCAGAGACAUGUCUCUCAACCGCCGUCUGUACACCUGGCUCCUAGGCACCGACACCAAGCGGGGCAGGUCGUCAUCUUCCUCCUCCAACCAGCCGAUCAGCAGCGAGGACCAAGAAGACCUCUACUUCACGCUGCAUUCUAGAGACCUUCUUAUUCAGGCUCUGGUGAACAUCUUGAAGCAGAAGGACAUCCAGAGGGACCCUGAGACCCUCAUGAAUUACCUGCGGCCCUUUCGUGUGAUCGUCAGCCUACUGGAUAAACCGGAGAUAGGCCCCGUGGUGAUCAGCAGUCUGCUGCUCGAGGUGGUGCGCUCCUUCUACAGCUACUGCCGGGAGAUGAUUGGAGAGGACAGCCCCUCCGGCUCAGGGCUGGCGGGAAACCAGUUGGCCAGCAAAAUGAAGGAGAACAAGAACGCGUCAGAGAUCAUCAAGGCCGUGAACCUGCUUGUCAGCUCCAUGGACAGCGUGUUCCUGUGGGACCACAUGACCCGCCGCUUCUGCAGCUCGCUGAGUCAGCAGAGCGAUGCCCCUCCACCCCCUGGGCAGGACGGCAGCCGCCCCCUCCCCACCGUCACUGAGAUAUCCACCCUCAUCAUGUUCCUGCUCGAGGUCCUGCCUCUGGAGCUGCACGCCGACAUCCAGUCCCAGUUCCUGCCUGAGAUGCUGGGUAAGAUGCUGGCCGCCCUGCACGCCAACAUGGCGGCCGUGGGCCUGGUGGAGCUCACCCAGGGCCUGCGAGCCUGCUUCAAGGUCCUGGGUAAGAUCCAGAUGCCCGUGGCCUACAUGGACCUGGAGGCCGAGGCCACUGCUCUGGAGACGGACUCCCAGCCGCAGGAGUUCACCGGGGAACCGGCUGAGGGCGCGGAGAAGGAGGGGGGGCCGGGCAGCGCCGAGGUGGGCGUUGUUGCCCAGGAGGAGGAGGAGGAGGAGGCGGAGCUCAGCGGUGGUUCAGGGGAAGGAGAGGCGGAGCCAGGCGAAGGCGUCCUGGCCCAGCUCCGGUCGGAGGACAGCGGGCUUGGCGUCAGCGCCUCGCCGUCCGAGCAGCAGCUGCUGCUCAGAGCCGGCGCGGGCGAGGCCCCGGAGCGCGCCCGUCUGAGCAAGGAGGGCGAGGACGUGUGGAGGAAGGGUGGCAGCGUGGACACCAUGACCCAGCACCUCACCGACAUCCUGGCCUUCAUCACCACCAGAUCUCUGCUGGUCCAGGUGGAGGAUGUCCCAGAGCAGCAGGAGGAGGAGGAGGAGGAGCGGGAGGAGGUGCUGCAGCCAGCCCUAGCUCCAGCUCAGGCCUCUUCAGGCCAGAAGGCCGCGCAGAUCGUCCUGAGCUCCAGCGGGCAGAAGGCGGCGGCGGCGGCGGCGGCGGCGGCGGCGGCGGGGGGCGCAGCGGGCGGCGCGGCCUGGGCGGACGGCUUCAUGCCGCGAAGCCGCUCGGAGAUCUCCGAGUCCUGCCGGCAGGCCUUCGCGGCCGCCUGCCACCUGCUGCUGGAGUGCACCACCUUCCCGGUGUACCUGAGCGAGGGCGAGACCCAGGCGCUCUACUCCCAGAUGUUCCUCCAGCCAGACCGGGAGGAGGGUCUGCCCGUGUGGCUGCGCUCCCUGAUGAUCCUGUGCUGCUCGUGCCGAGACUACGCCGUCCAGCACACAGCCAUCGCGUCCUUCCUGGAGCUGGUCAACCACUCCCAGUCCCUGGCGCUGGUCAUCCAGGACAAACACAAGCGCUACCAGAGCUGCAACUCCAACCCGCUGAGCGGACGGCUCCAGAUGGUCACGGUGCCGCCCGUGCUCCCCGCCACGCUGGCCCGCGUCGAGGAGGAAACCAACUUCUAUCAGCGGGUGGCCCAGGUGCUCUGGGGCCAGCUGGACACGGAGCGCAGGGAGCAGCACAUCUCGUGCGUGGAGCUGUACUACCGGCUGCACUGCCUGGCCCCGACGGCCUCCGUCUGUGAGGACACCAUCUGCCAGGCGCUGGUGCACAAAGACAAGGCGGUGAGGCUGGAGGCCCUCCAUCGCUUCUCCAUUCUGUGGCACCUGACCCGGGAGAUGCAGAGCACCAGGGUCAUGUCUCUGAACCGCUCGUUCGACAGGUCCCUGUGCGUGGUGCUGGACAGCCUGGGCGGUUCUGACGGGUCGGUGAGCGCCGCGGCCCAGUGCUGGCUGGUCCGGGCCCUGUCCCUCGACGACGUGAUCCGCGUCCUGGAGCCCAUCCUGCUGCUGCUGCUGCACCCUGACACCCGGCGCUGCUCCAUCCAGAACGUCAAGCAGAACCUCACAGCGGGGAACCUGAAGGCGCUGAGCUCCCGAAGCCGCGGCGCCACCAGGAGCUCCGCAGACCCGGGGGAGGCUGCCCCGGCCCGCACCGACCUGGUGGACCGUGAGGCCCUGUGGAGGCUGCUGGAGAGCGACCCGGAGGCCACCAGGGUGCCGGACGCCACGCCCGCCUCCCGGAGCGAGAGCGUGGCGACGGCGGAGGAGGACUCGACGGAGGAGGACGCCGAGCCGGAGAGCGAGCACACGGAGUCGGCCGACACCAGCGGCGCCCAGGUCUCCGUGGAGAACUCCAGCUCCAGCUCCGGGCCGUUCCGCAGCAGCCUGGAGGAGGGCGCGGGCUACGGCCUGCGGCGGGUGGAGUCGGAGCACACGCAGGUGUCCGACUCGCUGUCCAGCGAAGAGGAGGACGACCAGGAGCUGGAGGCCAUGGCCAGGUCCCGCCUCCUGAAGCAGGAGCGCGAGAAGAGGGAGGCCAUCGACUCGCUGUUCCGCCACGCCCUGCUCUACUCGGAGGCGGGCGGCUGGCAGCGCCUGCUCCAAGGCCUGGGCCUGCUGGCCAGCCUGCUCCGGAGCAGCGCCCAGCGCCCCCUGGUGGACGCCCUCUCCCUGACCUCGCUGGACACCAGCUCGGCCUCGCACCUCAACCUGGUCUCCAAUCUCCUGCAGCGCCACCAGCAGGCCCAGGACGGCGGCGGCUUCUACGGCCGCCUGCUCUCGCCCGCCUCCUCCCCGUCCGCGCCGCCGUCCCUGCUGCUGGAGCUGCUGAUGACGCUGUGCCUCCGCUUCCUGCGCUCCCACUACCCGUCCUACCUCAGCCUGGGCCCCCACGACCUGCAGGGCAACCGCGAGGUGCAGGUGCAGAGCGCGGAGGUGCUGGUGCGGCUGGUCAACCAGCUGGGCAGCGUGGCCCAGCAGCGCCAGGGGGGCAACGGCGCCCGCCUGGAGCCCAUCCGCCGGCUGCUGGCCGAGUGCCGCGUGCAGCAGCACGCGCUGCUCUCCCUGUCCGCCUCCAUGUACGUCAGCCAGCGGGGGGGCGGCGGCGACAGGGGGGCGCGGAGCGGCGCCGAGAUGCUGGGGGAGAAGGGCGGGCUGUCCGAGGAGAGCCUGGUGAACCUGGGGGCCGGGGGCGGCGGCCAGGAGCAGUACCCCCUGCAGGUGGAGCUGCUCAAGCUCAUCCAGGCCCUCAUCACCCUGGAGAACAGCAUCGCCCAGGGGGGCGCCGCCUCGCCGGCCGGGGGGCCGCCGGGCCAGCCGGAGGAGCCCCGCGACUCCCCGACGGCCAGCACGCCGCUGGCCAGGGAGUGGCAGACGGCGGUGCUCUUCCAGCAGUCCAUCAAGGCGGCGCAGUACGUCCAGAACCAGCCCAUCACGGCCCAGGGCAUGUUCGUGUCGGCGGCGGCCAGGGCCCUGCAGCCGCAGUACGGCUACGCCAUGCACCCCCACUGGGUGUCCCUGCUGUGCUCCUCCCUGCCCUUCCUGGGCCGCUCGCUGGGCAUCAUCCUGGCGCCCAUCAUCAGCCAGAUCUGCGUCAACCUGGACGAUUUGGUCAAGGUGCACGAGCACGACGGGGGGAAGGUGAACCAAAGCCUCAGCACUAGGAAGGAGAACAUAGCUCCCGACUAUCCUCUGACUCUACUAGAGGGCCUGACCACGAUCACACACCACUGUCUACUGGACCACAAGUCCCUGACCGCGUGUGAUCCUGCCGACCUGCGUAACGCGCGCAGCGCAGUGUUGGAGGGGCUGCCCCACAUGCUCAGCAGCAUGACGCUGCUGUGGGCGGCGCUGAAGCGGGAGGAGGCCGUGGGCCGGGGUUCGGAGGGGGCCCAGGGCAGCCGGCAGGCCACCUCCUCCGUGUACUUCAGAAGCACCAAGAUCCUGCGACAACGCAUACUGGAGUUCCUGAUCCCUCUGACGGGCCAGUACGGGGUCCAGAUCAUGGCGUCUGUUGGCUCGGUGUGGCUCAGCAGGAAGACCAAGAGGAGACACAGGAACAAGGUUCUGCCCGUGCUCAGCGAGUCUCGUCUGAUCGUCGUGGAUCUGGUGAAAUCGCUGAGCUCCAUGCGGCCGGAGACCGUCCUGCACCUGGUCAAGGAGGUGGUGAAGAAACCCCACCAGAUCAAAGCAGAACAGAAGAGCACCCUGGUGGACAUCCCCAUGCUAGAGUUCAGCUACGCCUACGUCCUGAGUCUGUCUCCUCAGACCCUCCAGGAGAACGUCGCUCCUCUGCUCAGCCUCCUGCGCGAGUCCGUCCAGCUCAACCUGGCUCCCCCCGGUCACUUCCUGCUGCUCGGCAUCCUCGAUGACUUUGUGAACCGGCUUCCCAACCUGGACAACAAGAAAGACAGUAGAGACCUCCAGGAGGUCACCCAGCGGAUUCUGGAGGCAGUGGGGGGGGUCGCGGGCUCGUCCCUGGAGCAGACCAGCUGGCUGAGCCGCAACCUGGAGGUCAAAAAUCAACCGCAGAUUUGUCCCGAACUCGAGGACUCCGCCGAACCAGACGACCCAGAUGCCGAAGUGGACUUGCUCGGUGUGGGGUCCCAGGCCAGUACUAUGGUCUCUGCCUCAGCCCCGUCGGUCUACAGCGUCCAGGCCCUCGCACUCCUGGCUGAGAUCCUGGCCCCGCUCCUCGACAUGGUGUACCGCAGCGAUGAGAAGGAGAAGGCUGUCCCCCUGAUCACGAGGAUCAUGUACUAUGUGUUCCCGUACCUGAAGAACCACAGUGCCUACAACAUGCCCAGUUUUGGAGCCGGGGCCCAGCUGCUGAGCAGCCUCAGUGGGUAUGCCUACACCAAGCGGGCUUGGAGGAAGGAGGCCUUUGAGCUGUUCAUGGACCCGCUGUUCUUCACCAUGGAGGCCUCCUGUGCUCUUCACUGGAGGUCCAUCAUUGACCACCUACUGACCCACGAGAAGACCAUGUUCAAGGACCUCAUGAGCAUGCAGAGCAGCUCUCUGAAACUGUUUCCCAGUGCCGAGCAGAAGCCCAUGUUGCUGAAACGACAGGCUUUCGCAAUGUUCAGCGGAGAGGUGGACCAGUACCAUCUCUUUCUGCCCUUGAUUCAAGAGCGGCUGAGUGAGACUUUACGCGUGGCUCAGACCCCGUCCGUCUCCGCCCAGACCUUCCUGAUGUUCCGUGUUCUCCUGCUGCGCAUCUCCCCGCAGCACCUCACCUCCCUCUGGCCCAUCAUGGUCACGGAGCUGAUCCGAAUAUUUUCCCGUCUACAUAAAGCCCUGCAGUCAGACAACGAGGUCUCCAAACUUUCCAAGGUGGUGCGUGGAGCCCUGGCCCGGAACAGUCCACCGAACAUUCCCCAGCAGGAGCUGGACAUGUAUCUGUCCGCCUGCAAGUUCCUGGAUACGUCGCUUGCUUUCCCUCCAGAUAAGAUGCCCCUAUUCCAAAUGUAUCGCUGGGCCUUCGUCCCCGAGGUGGACGUGGACCGCUACAGUGGGCCGGAGAACGCACUCCUCGAGGGAGAGCAGGAAUGCAAACCGCACGUUCUUAGAAUACUGGAGGGGAUGCAGCUUCGACAUGGGGUGUCCAACGGGAUGGUGGAGGAAUCGUGCACGGAACCGUUGGAGUUCCCCCUCCUCCGCCAGCGAUCCCUGCCCUCCAUCACCCAUCUUGUGCCCUUCUUCCAGACCCUGUGCUGCUCCUUCCAGGGCCCUCCUGCCGAGGGCCCUGCCCGGAGCCAGCCAAUAGCAGACUACCCGGCUGCCAGCAGCGACGGUGUCCUGAAGAGGCUGGAAGCCAUCACAGAAGAAGAAUUCUUGGAUCCCAUGGAGAGUUAACUAUCCCCGUUACGCUUUCUGAGCAACUGGGCGGAGCCUAGGAGGUAAAGCUUGUGAAGUCCUAAAGGGGAAGGCGACUGGGGCAAUAUUCGCCGUACGUCGUUAGCGAGAGCAGAAAAGAAAACGACAAAUGGCGGUUGCUCUUAAAGAGCUGCUAAAUGUCAUGCUUUGUCCUGUUCCUAUGCUCGUCCAUCUCACCUGUGCUUACACACUUAUCUGGGAUACAGAAAUGUGGGAAGCUUCUUUCUGUGUUCUCCUCUCUGUGGUUAUGUAUCUGUAUGUUCUGGAUCGGACAUCUCUUUUGUUUUCUUGAAGUUAAGGGAAUUAUUGUCACAACUAUGGAUACGUCAGGGAAUGUUUGAAUACAGGAUGGUAGUAAUUAAUAGCAUAGUAAGAAGUCUGUAUCAUAAUAAUUCAGCGUAAUUUUAAUGGCACAGAAGAUAUUGUUAUUAAUGAAAUCCCCAUUUAAAGUAUUAAAACAUAUUUCUUGCAUAGCUGAGUGGAUUUGUGGGAUGUAUAUAAGCUACAUGUCAACAAGUUGUGCUUUUUCCUAACUGGUUGUAUUUGGGUAUUAUUUUACUUUUAGUCCUGAAUGUGAUAAGUCAAAUGAUUUAUUUUUAUUUCUUGUUCUUGCCGGUUUCAGUUUCUUUUUUUUUUUUUUUUAAUGGAAGGCAAACAUAACUUGUUGAUUGGAAUAUCAAAAAAUAUUUCAAUCAAAAAGUCUUGAAUGUUAAAGCUGUUAUUGUUGGGAAUGCUUAUGAUGUGUGGAGGUUUCAUUAAUAAGUUAUAUUUAAAUAAAAACAUUCAAAUCGACACAAUUGAAUGCAUACAUAUAUUUUUUUAAUUUAAUAGUAAGUAGUGUUGCGUUCUUUGAAGAAAGUAGUCCAAUCCGGAUCGCUUUUAACUCACUUUAUUUGUCAAAGUAUAUUUCGGUAUGGUAACUAUGAAGCAAAAGGAGGGGAAUUGUAUUGAGCACGCGUGCGAGCGACAACCAGCUGGCCAAUACCUCUUACCCGCAAGUCUGGACUACCGGAUGUUUCUGCCCUUGUUUGCUUCCGGACCUAUUUAAAUACCUAGUAGGCGUGGCCUAUGUGACGCAUUAGCCUCGGCUUCCCCACCUGUCUAAAGGUGCUGCCUUCUGUGGAUGGAGCAGCUAUUGCAGCCUUCAGUAAGGUCCUGCUCCCCUUGUGGCUAUGUACAGUAUUUACGGCUUAUAUGUUCGGUCCUGCUUCCUAGUGGCUAUGUGAGGGUAAUACACCCCGGGCAGAGGUCCAUUCACGUCUAAAAAUCCCCUUAUUUUAAGGCAAUCUUCAAGCGGGUCAAACGUAUCAACACAGGUCUGACGUAUGUCAGACACCAACCCGCUUGAAGAUUGCGUUGAAGAUUAGUUAAACGUUUGAACAAAGGUUACUCUGCCGUCCGAGAAGUUGUGUCUGGUGUGUGAACAACCAGGCGACGAGACAUACGAGGCUUCGACGGAACUCUGUAUAGGCCGCUACGUUAUGUAUGGCAGCCAUUGUAUAGGUGCCUCGUGUAAUGCCACGAAGUAGUCAUCCGCUGUAGAAGUGCGGCAUUGCCAUCAUGGGUUGCAUUGACGGUUUUAGUCGCUAUAUUGUUUGGAUGGAGGCCUACACCACAAACAAUGACCCCAGGGCUGACUACUUCGUGUCAUCCGCUGCACGCUUGGGAGGAUGCCCGGAGCGUCUGCU